GACAGAUGGUGUUAUACUGUCUGUUCAGUUAUUGGUUGGAGUGGUGUCUCGUGCUUGACCUGGCAAUUCGCUCAUCUGGGUCCCACUGGGAGGUGGAUUAUUCGGUUGUUUUGUUGGACAGGUUCAUUGUUAGUGGGGAAAUUUAGUCUCUUGAAUCCACAGGGAAAUGACUUGCUCCUGUAAGAACUGGCAUUUCAGUGCAAGUUUACCAAAUUUAUUCCUUAUAUAGGGGUAUUGGUCUGUGAUAGGAGUCAUUUGAAAUGAGUGUUUCUUCAGAUGAGGUUCCCAAAAUGGACACUAUAGUUGAGACAGAUUAUUUCCUUGAGCGAAUGGAAAAGGACUAUCUGGAUAAUAAUAACCAUAUCAGGGAUUAUAUGGUAUCACAGGUGAAUGACGUUGUGACGAGCAUACGGGAAUCGGACAAGGAGAACAUCCCGCAGUCAGCCCAAGCAGAAGGAAUCACUGAAGCCAUGGACAUCCUGAAGGAGUCCAACUCCUCUAUGUUUGAGGUUCUUUAUUGUGGCAAGAUAUCUGUUAGUCACAAACGAGCCCCUCCUACCUUCAUCGACGAGUCUAUAGAGAAAUUUAAAGAGCAUGAGAUGAUGGUACAGCGGCGAAAGCGGCACUUCUCUUCUGAUGAUCGACAGCGUUCCCUAUCCGAUGCAUCACCAAAGAAGUCAUCCUCUCUUGAUAUCGUGGAAGAAGACAUAUCAAAGUCACACUCUGACAUUGAUCUUCCAUCAGUUAUCCAGAACAUUCAGAACAACAACUCAAAUGACUCCACACUUACCAUGGAUUUACCACGAAAGUCAUCCCUACCCUUGACAGACAACCAGGUUUCAAGACUCCUGGAAGACUCACCAAGGAAAAAUUCCCUACCGCUGUCAGGUUCUCAGGAUGUCGACUCAGGUGCGACAACAGGCCGCACAUUUGGAACACUCCCACGGACAGACUCUUAUGCCAAAUUGAUGGCAGCCAAAGAAAGUACUCACAACCGAACAAUGGUAUUCCAGAUAGGAAGGAGUACACUGACAGUAAUCAGUCUGGACAAGAAAUCCUUUGCACUUACUAAGAAAUUCAGUGAGAUCUCCUUCUGCUCCCAGGUUAGUAUUGGUUUCAAUGUGUUGGGGCCCUGUGGUGUGUGGGGGCAUCGUGGUCUAGUGUUACGACUCUCGUCUUUCAAUCAGAGGGAUGUGGGUUCGAAUCCCAGCCAUGGCAAGUUUUCCUUCAGCAAGAAAUUUACCCACAUUCUGCUGCACUCAAUUCAGGCAUGGACCUAUGAUUCAGGUAAGGUGAAUGGGUACCAGGCAGGAUCAAGUCCUUGAAUGCUCCAAGCGCCUUUAGCAGCUGGAGGUAUGUGCUUGGGUAAUAUAAAGUGUGUCAUUGAACAGGCAACUAAAUAAUCAGUGCCUCAUAAAUGCUAUGUAUUAUUAUUUGUUAAUGUAAAUUCUCAUCUGCUAUAACAUGUACUUAAGUUUUGUACAAGAAGGGGAAAUGAUGAUGGUAAACAGGACUUAUAAUAUUUGGUCUGGGGGUGUUUUCAUAAAUAGUUACAUGCAAAUUCCUGAUUGUGUGCAGUAUAUAGUGCAAUUCAGCAUCGGUCAAAACAUUUUCAAGAGAUGUGCUGCGCGCUACUGCAUAUCAAUCAUUACGAAAGAGUGUUAGAUCAAUCAUGUGCACGUCAUCACUUAAGCAUGAAUUUAAGUCACACUUAAUUCUUUGUGAAACGUCCGCUGAUCAUUUCAUCUGUUAAAGUGUUCCUGUUUGUUAUGAUUCAGAGUGUGCAUGUUCCAAAAACAUCUUAAUUCUGUGAUCUAUUAUCAAUUAUCAUGUUCCCUUUUAUAUAUUAAUACAGAUUUACCAUUUUGAAAAUGCAUUCUUCAAUAUCACCAGGGAGAUCUCACCUCCCUGAUGUCACUAUUGAAAAUGCCACAUAUAUGAAGGAAUUAUUUGUAUACUUCUUCUAGGUUAUGUUGAAUCCAGCCUCCAAGAACUCUUUGAGAACCUGGUUUAACCCUAUCUAGGCCGGGGUAUUUUGGGAGUUCAUAUGGCCGGGGGGGGGGGGGAGGGGGGGCCUACCAGGCCCCCCCUUGAGAUCUCGGCCGUUGACCGCGUGAUCGUGCCGAAAAUUGGCAUGCGGGUUGUCUGGGACAUAAUCUACAAAAUUGUAUAGUAAUUUAUUUCAUGCGAAUUGCUAUUAAGUGAUUAUGCUAAUUUAUGCGUAAUUAGUAUGCGAAAUCAUACUUUUUCCUCUAACUCCCUAAAUAAAGCUCCAAAUGUUCUAAUUUUUGGUAUAGAAACUCUUUGUGGUGUUCUUAGCAAGUGUACAUGAACAAAAUUGCGAUAUCAAAUCAUUUUCUUAUGUAUUAUAUUGUUUUUUGCAAUUUCUUAUGUAUUUUUAUUUUUUUUCCUUUUGUUUUUCAUUGUUUUUUCAAUGAAAUUUAUUGGGGACUCUUCUGAGAUCAUAGAAAGCAUAAAAUGAAUACAUUUAGACCAGCAAAACUAAAAAUAAUCAUACAUUUAUGAUUUUUGGUUGAAAACACAAUUUGCAUUGACUUUGUACAUAAAAUCACGUUUUUGAGCAAUUUUUGGUCUGACAUGCACUUACAUAAUGCUGCGUAAUUUCGGAACCCCUUACCCGGGUGACGCAAAAUUGGUCUCAAAAGUUGCGCAAGACUUGAAAGUAAAAAGUCAGCGACCGGCGCGGUCAAAAAAAUUCGCGCGGCGAAAAUAUUGCGCGAAUCGUUGAGGGGGGGGCCUCCGAGGCCCCCCCCCCGGCCUAGAUAGGGUUAAGGGAAAUGAAAAAUAAAGUUAUCUACUUUGCACACAUAGGCCCGUAUUCUGAAGUCAGGUUUAACUUUAGCGCUAAUGGUCUAACUCUGUGCUAAAAUUAUGGGAAGCCAAAAGUGUCAAAAUUUUUAUUAAGUUGUAUGUUUCUUAUGUUUACUGUGCUCUUUCCUGAUUCAUCGAUGGUGAAGACAGUCAUAUUAUACUUCCUAGACAAUUAUGAAUGAUUUCAGAGCCAAAUAAGCUGAACUAUGAUAUCUCUACUGUUAGUGACUUAUGUAACAAUUGGCUAUCCAUACUUAAACCACAACUUUAAACCUGAGUUUACUUCAGAAUACGGGCCAUAGUGUAAGUUUAUAAUGUAAUUGUAUGUAACAUCAUUUUGGAUAAUUGAAAACAUGUUCCUCUUCAUACUUCAAGAUUAUCAAGAGCAUCAGAGCAUGAAAAUGAUGUUAUUUUAAUUUCACCAAUUCAGCCCAUUGUGUUAAUGGUGCCAUGGACUACAUCAUUAUAUUCAAUAACAUUUUCCUGUUUUGGUUCUUCCAUGUUGUUGAAGAGAGUCCAAUUGCUCCAGAUGUUUAGACUGUACAUGUAUGUACUGGGAAAGACGGAUAUCACCUGUUUUCAGUAAAGUGCUAUACCAGAAACUUUUCAAGCGUUUCGGUAGAUAUUACUGUCACAGACUUCCCCUUUUAUUUGGGGAAUAAUAAUGGAAUGCCCCUUGUUGAUUGCGUAUUUAGUUAUCAUGGGGCAGG